AUGGCGGACGAAAUCGAAAGCCGAUUCUCCCCCAACAAGCCGCUUGAGCCUGAUGUCUUCAGCGAACUGGAAUCCAUUAUGCGCCUUCAUGGCCUCUCGGCCGAGGAUCUCUUUUUCAAGUGGGAGUCGUAUUGUAUAAAAUUGGAUCUUGAUGCUCAGGCCCUUAGUCUUGAAGUUCUCAGGAACCUCAAGCAGAGCAUCCAAGAUGAGCUCGAAAACAGCCAUCGAAAAGUUCAGGUCAAGACCGAGAGAAAGGUAGCCAACACACCGAGAGGCACAGCAAAGGGCGGCGAUGUUUUUGGGAUGUUAGAUGGGCUUGUUCCCAGCACUCCAGCGUCGGGGGCAAAGUUGAAUAGGGGUGCUGCGAGUGGCAGUACUGUUAAGAGAAAGACGGAGACGCCAAAGGGGCUGAUGAGCUCGCCAGCUACAGGUAUGAGUGAGCAGCUCAAGUCGUUGAAUGGACUACCGCCCACAUCGUUCAGUGAUCGAGCAAAUCCAGGAGAGACUGUUGAAAUCCUCAACGAUCGCCUCAGUGCAGCCGAACCACCGAUUGCGCCCUUCGCCGAGCCUCGAAUAAAGCUCACAGCUGCCUCAGAUCAAAAGAAGCUGGGAUACAAGCCAUUGGCCAUGAAACUCUCCGAGGCCAGCGAAAUUCUCGAUGACCGGAUCGACAACUUCAUGGCUCUUAUACAGCAGCAUCAUAAGAUCGAUGAGAACGAAUUCGGCAGUGCUGCUGCGCAAAGUACAACUGAGGUCGUGGCUGUUGGCCGUAUCGCUUCUGACUCCUCAGAAGGAAAACUAAAUGCUGCAUCACUGGUUUUGGAAACCUCCAGACGAACAGGGAUGGGCUUGCGGGUACCGCUAAAAAUGGACAACAUCCGCUCAUGGAGCUUCUUCCCCGGCCAAAUCGUCGCUUUUCGGGGUGCCAACGCCUCAGGGAACGAAUUUGUCGUGAAGGAGGUUCUCGAGGUUCCUCUACUUCCUAGUGCUGCAUCUUCGCUUUCUGCACUCGAGGGGCAUCGUGGGAGGUUCCGUGGUGGUCCUGAUGCGAUGGACGAAGAUUCAGAACCUGCACCUUUGAGCAUUCUCUACGCCUCUGGUCCUUAUACCGCUGAUGAUAAUCUCGAUUUUGAGCCACUCCAUGCACUGUGCUGUCAAGCAGGUGAUACUUAUGCAGAUGCGCUUGUCCUCACAGGGCCGUUCCUCGAUAUUGAUCAUCCCCUUAUUGCCACGGGAGAUUUCGAUCUUCCUGAGGAGGCAAAUUUUGACCCCGAUACAGCUACUAUGGCAACAGUAUUUAAAUACCUUGUUGCUCCCGCUUUCAACCGCCUUGCAGCCUCAAACCCGCAAAUCACCAUCAUCCUUGUCCCGUCAGUCCGCGACGUAUUGUCAAAACAUGUCUCAUGGCCUCAAGACUCGAUUCCUCGUAAGGAACUCGGCCUUCCCAAAAUGGUCCGCAUUGUCACGAACCCUAUGACUCUUUCGAUCAACGAACUUGUCCUUGGUGUCUCAUCGCAGGAUGUCCUCUCCCAGCUCCGCUCGGAAGAGGUUGUGUCUCGCGGUGGUGGACAACCUGGCACUGAUCUCAUGAGUCGGUUGUGUCGGUAUCUAGUUGAGCAGCGACAUUACUUCCCGCUGUUUCCUCCUACAGAUCGCUCUAAGUUACCUAAAACUGGCACGGAAGAUGGUUUGGCUACUGGUGCUGGUUUAGAUUUGAGCUAUCUUGAACUGGGAGAGAUGGUGAAUGUCAGGCCAGAUGUCAUGGUCGUGCCGAGUUUACUACCUCCAUUUGCAAAAGUCGUCGAGAGUGUCCUCCUUAUCAAUCCUGGCUGCCUUUCUAAGCGUCGCGGCGCAGGUACCUAUGCACGAAUGACAUUAUAUCCUCCCCCAGUUUCAAAUGGGAGUAGCGAAGAUAUGAUGGGUCAUCAAAUAUACGAUCGUGCUCGUGUAGAGAUUAUCAGAAUAUAG